AUGGACGGUGGGAGCUCGGUCCGCUUCGGCCACGGCGUGGCAGCCGGUCCCGUGCACCUCGGCGGCGGCGGCGGCGGUGCUCACCAGGUGAUGCCGGCCGGCGCGGGCAUGAUCCCCGCCGGCAUGGGCUCGUUCCUGCUCGGCGCCAGCGGCAUGCUGGCGCCGGGUGGCAACAUGGUCCAGCCCGGAGGGUACCUGGCGCCCGCCGGGUACAGCACUGUGCCCAACGCCCUGCACGCCGCGUGGAACGGUGUCGCGGCCGCCGGUGGCGGGCAGCAGCAGCCCCCGGCGAGCGCUGGCAGCGGCCUCCUGACGAGGCUGCCGCCGCUCAGGGGGCCCUGGACCGAGGAAGAAGAUGAGACGCUCAAGGCGAUGGUGGAGGUGUACGGUGAACGGAAGUGGGCGGCGAUAUCGCGGCACCUCCACGGCCGGAUCGGUAAGCAGUGCCGCGAGCGGUGGACCAACCACCUGCGCCCGGAGAUUGACAAGAACACCUGGACUGAGAAAGACGACAUGGACCUGAUCGAGGCUCACAAGGUCCACGGGAACCGAUGGUCGAUGAUCGCGAGGACCAUGGAGGGGCGGUCGGAGAACUCCGUCAAGAACCACUGGAACGCCACCAAGCGGAGCCUCAAGGCGAAGCGCCGGCUGAAGAAGAAGAAGAACGCGGAGGCGCCCCCCGGCCAGCAGUGGUCCGUCCUGGAAGAGUACAUCCGUAGCCUGCGCCCCGACGACCUCGCCGCCGCGCCACCGGCGCCGCCGUCGGACGACUCCCCUCCGUCCUCGUACAACGUCGGGUACGACGGCGAGGUGGUCAGCCCGCCCGCGGCCCCGGGCGGCGGCUUCGACCCGGCCGCCUUGGGGCUGUAUCUCAGCGCCGCCGGCGGCAACAACUCGUCGGCCGUCAACCUGGCGGCGAUGAACCCCAACAUGGCGGCGCCGCCGUACCUGGGGCUUGACCUGAACGCCUACUACUACGGCGCGCCGCUGCAGCAGGCGCCGCCGCAGAUGAUGAUGAUGGGCCAAGGCCAGCAGGCCACCGCCGACAACCUGAUCACCUACCCGUUCGUCGACCACCUGGCAUGGCACUCGCCCGUGCCGAACGCCGACGCCUACGCCGCUAGCAACGCCAAUGCCGCCGCAGGCCAGCACUACUACUACUACAGCGACGCGGGCGCCGCCGCCGCCGCCAGCGCCAACCCGGAGGACGACGUCGACGUCGUCCAGAUGGCAUCCAGGGAGUUCCAGCUGAACCCGUCCGAGGAGGAGGUCACCCUCAACCUCGCCGGGUUCAUGUGAUGGAGAGCUCUCUUCGAAUCAAAGCUCCGGGCGCCUCACAAGUUUGUUUGUUGAUGUCAUCG